AUGCAAGCAUCCACACUUUCCACCUACCGACAUCUCUUGCGUGAAGUCAAUCGACAGUUUGCCAAGAGCAAUGACGUUUUCCCAAAGCAGUUGAAGACUAUCUACCGUGAAAACCAGGGUGUCACCGAUCCCGAACGCAUCAUGAGCUUGAAUCGCAAUGCAGAGAAUGUGUUGACUUAUCUCAAGAGCUCACGACAACACAAGGAACUACGUGAUCGAUACACAGCCAUUGUUAUGGAACAAAAGAAAAAGCUCGAAAUGACAGCAAAGCGAGUGGGUCUCGAGUUACCCAAAGAGUAUGAUCCCCAAACCGUUGCUCAAGAUCGCGUCAUGAAUGCAUUUCACAAGCAGUAG